AACCUAGCAACCACCAAAGCUGGGCUCCCAAGAGGUCACUCAUUCACUUAUCAGCAAUGGACUACCAGUGAUCGACCUGCUGUGUGUGGGGGAAACUGGAAGUGUACAGAUGAGUGAUUCAUUCAUUUAUUCUUAUACUUUUUCACCUAACAGUGACUUACUGCGGUCUUAUUUUGUUUGAAGCACAGGUCCUAAAGAUGUGGUGGGUAGCAAGAAAGAGUCUUGAUCUUAUGUUCCACUUAGUGGAAGAAAUAAGAUUUACAGUCCAUUAUCAAACAACUUCGUAACAGUCCAGUCACAUGCACACAAAGUCCAGAAGAAUGUACAGGAGAUUUGUAGUUUGGGAUGGAUCAUAACAUCUCACACAUAAAGGGUCUCAGAUGGAGUCUCGCUCUGUCACCCAGGCUGGACCAUGAGUGCUUUUUUAAACCUCAUUUUAAAUCUGAAAGAAGAAUGAAUACAUUGGUAUGCAUAAGAAGUUUAGUAUGAACCCAUACUGUGUUUUGUUAUCAACAAAGAAACAAGAACAAAAUUGGCACCCUUUCAGUAAGCUCAGCUGAGGUAUUUUCACACUGAAGGUUCUGCAGGCUUCUGGAGCCCUUGAGAACUGAGUAGGUAGGUUCAGGCAGCUAUAACAAAAUACCACAGACUCGGUGGCAUAACAACAAACGUCUGUUUCUCACAGUCUGGAGGCUGGGAAGUUUAAAAUCAAGCUGCACACAGAUGAGGUGUCUGGUGAUGGCCCUCUUCCUGAUCUGCUGAAAGCCACCUACUUGCUGCAUACUCCCAUGGACCGGGUCCCUUUUAGGUGAGACUAGAUGAAAAGGGCUCUUCAGCAGCUGACUUCACAGCAACUAAUUUCUGACAGGUCAGAGUUGGCAUUGCUCAAAUCUGGGCUUCAUUUGCAAGAAGUUUCACAAGUCUGCCAGGGGAAGUCCCUGGACUUCUUGCUGCUUUCGUGUAGGGCAGGCUGUCGAAACCUCAGUGGAUAAAAGACCUAGAGAAUGUGCAUCCCAGAAGAAGCUGGCCAAGGAUAUGGGAGCAACCACCAUGGACCAGAAGUCUCUCUGGGCAGGUGUAGUGGUCUUGCUGCUUCUCCAGGGAGGAUCUGCCUACAAACUGGUUUGCUACUUUACCAACUGGUCCCAGGACCGGCAGGAACCAGGAAAAUUCACCCCUGAGAAUAUUGACCCCUUCCUAUGCUCUCAUCUCAUCUAUUCAUUCGCCAGCAUCGAAAACAACAAGGUUAUCAUCAAGGACAAGAGUGAAGUGAUGCUCUAUCAGACCAUCAACAGUCUCAAAACCAAGAAUCCCAAACUGAAAAUUCUCUUGUCCAUUGGAGGGUACCUGUUUGGUUCCAAAGGGUUCCACCCUAUGGUGGAUUCUUCUACAUCACGCUUGGAAUUCAUUAACUCCGUAAUCCUGUUUCUGAGGAACCAUAACUUUGAUGGACUGGAUGUAAGCUGGAUCUACCCAGAUCAGAAAGAAAACACUCAUUUCACUGUGCUGAUUCAUGAGUUAGCAGAAGCCUUUCAGAAGGACUUCACAAAAUCCACCAAGGAAAGGCUUCUCUUGACUGCAGGCGUAUCUGCAGGGAGGCAAAUGAUUGAUAACAGCUAUCAAGUUGAGAAACUGGCAAAAGAUCUGGAUUUCAUCAACCUCCUGUCCUUUGACUUCCAUGGGUCUUGGGAAAAGCCCCUUAUCACUGGCCACAACAGCCCUCUGAGCAAGGGGUGGCAGGACAGAGGGCCAAGCUCCUACUACAAUGUGGAAUAUGCUGUGGGGUACUGGAUACAUAAGGGAAUGCCAUCAGAGAAGGUGGUCAUGGGCAUCCCCACAUAUGGGCACUCCUUCACACUGGCCUCUGCAGAAACCACCGUGGGGGCCCCUGCCUCUGGCCCUGGAGCUGCUGGACCCAUCACAGAGUCUUCAGGCUUCCUGGCCUAUUAUGAGAUCUGCCAGUUCCUGAAAGGAGCCAAGAUCACGAGGCUCCAGGAUCAGCAGGUUCCCUACGCAAUCAAGGGAAACCAGUGGGUGGGCUAUGAUGAUGUGAAGAGUAUGGAGACCAAGGUUCAGUUCUUAAAGAAUUUAAACCUGGGAGGAGCCAUGAUCUGGUCUAUUGACAUGGAUGACUUCACUGGCAAAUCCUGCAACCAGGGCCCUUACCCUCUUAUCCAAGCAGUCAAGAGAAGCCUUGGCUCCCUGUGAAGGAUUAACUUACAGAGAAGCAGGCAAGAUGACCUUGCUGCCUGGGGCCUGCUCUCUCCCAGGAAUUCUCAUGUGGGAUUCCCCUUGCCAGGCUGGCCUUUGGAUCUCUCUUCCAAGCCUUUCCUGACUUCCUCUUAGAUCAUAGAUUGGACCUGGUUUUGUUUUCCUGCAGCUGUUGACUUGUUGCCCUGAAGUACAAUAAAAAAAUUCAUUUUGCUCCAGUAA